AUCUAUAUAUCUGGGGUUUAAUCGUUUUCGCUGCCUUUUGGGGAUUUUAGGGUUCUUGAGGAGCGAUGGGAGAGCGCAAGGUCUUGAACAAGUACUACCCGCCGGAUUUCGAUCCGGCGAUUCUUCGGCGGCUGCCCAAGACCGAGAAGAAGCAGAUCAAGGUGCGUAUGAUGCUUCCCAUGAGCAUCCGGUGCAACACCUGCGGGAAUUACAUCUACAAGGGCACCAAAUUCAACUCUCGCAAGGAAGACGUUGUGGGAAAGACUUACCUGGGCAUACAAAUCUUCCGCUUCUACUUCAAGUGUACCAAGUGCUCCGCGGAGCUGGCUAUGGUGACGGAUCCUCAAAACAGUGACUACGUGAUGGAGUCUGGAGCGAAGCGGAACUUUGAGCCGUGGCGGGAGCAGGACGAGGCGAUGGAGAACGCGAAGAAGCAGCGGGAGAUCGAUGAGAUGGGCGAUGCGAUGAAGGCGCUGGAGAACAAGACCGUGGAUUCCAAGCAGGAGAUGGACAUCAUGGCGGCGCUGGACGAGAUGAAGUCGAUGCGAGCGAGGCACGCUCAAGUGGACACGGCCGCGAUGCUCGAGGUCCUGCAACGCACCGCCGCUGCAAACAUGCAGAAGAGGAUCGAUGAGGAAGACGAGGAGAUUCUACGAAGCGUGGUUUUCAGAAACUCGGAGGGCUACGUGAAAAGGCUCAUGGACGACGAAGACGACGACGAAGAUGAGCCAAGGAAGAAGCAAAACGUGGAAACGAAUCCAGUGCCUAAGCCGCCAUUGCCAGCGGCUGCCAAGAAAGCAAGUGGCGGCCCAAAGUUCAUCAUCAAACCUGUCGAGAAAAGCAUCAAACCAGUCGAGAAGAGCAACGUAAGUAGUGCUGCUCCUCAAGCUAACGGUGCGCUCUCCUCGCUUGGGGCCUAUGCUUCGGACGACGACGACGACGAGGAAUAGCUCCAGAAGCCCAGGAGAAGUUCCCAGAUUAUUGGAGCUAGCUGCUAAGCGAAGAUCAUAGAUACUUCACCGCAGCUCCAUCGUCACAAUCACGGUGGGAGAAACAGUAAAUGAUUCUAUAGUUUGCUACUACUGAGAGUGAGAACUUUUCCAGGGUCUUUGGAAAGGACACACGCAUCACUUCAGUUUGACUCCUAUAAUCCUAAAUUCUAUCUUUUUUCCA